AUGGCGACCAGGUCUACCAGCAGCGAGGUGGCAAAGGCUUUCGCGGCGAGGGCCUUCGAGGACAGGCUGCGGGGUCUGGAGCCCGUCGCGGCGCACUUCAGCAGGAUGGGCAAGUUGGAGCGGCUGGACGUGUCCGCGACGCCCGCGAGCGAGGAGCUAGCGGCCCUGAUCGAGCGCGCCACGUUGCCUCAGUUCGCCAUCGUUGUAGGGUCAUCCACUGUCAUCACGCCGAAGCAGGCAGAGAAGCUGGCGACGGCUUACUCUGAACUACCAGUCACUGCCGAGAAAGUUGUGGCAUGGGCCAAGGCGACGCUGUCCGAGACGAUCGAUCCCGCACAGCCCGACAGUUUCAUUCCGGCCUUGCAGAAGUUCUGUGCUAGCGUCAAUUCCCCAUUCUUGGUGCUGGACAGAUACCCAAAGACCGCCGACGACGCGGCAGCGUUUCUUGCCACGUUCGGGCCCCCUAAGUUGGUCGUCGAGAUAGGCUGCGAAACCGAAUUCCUGGUUGAGGAGUUCCAGGAGGCCAACGAAGACGCCGAGGUGGACCCCGAGGAGCUGCAAGCGAAGUUUGAGGAAGACAAGCAGGUGCGGGCUACGAUGCUGAAGAGCAUCGACGAGGCAUGUCCAGGGUGCGUGCUGUCUCUCAGCCAGGCGACGGUGAAGCCAGAAGAGAUGGCGGAGCAGAUCAGAAAGCGCUUGCUGCCCAAGGUCUACGUGCUCGCCAGCGCCGGACCCUUCGCAGAGCUCGUGGCGGACGCAAUAUGCACAAAGGGAAAGUACACCAUACUUGACAGCGCCAAGCUCUUGAGCAGUGGCGAGCACACCCCCGAGCUCGAGGCACAGCUGACCAAGGCGCUGAAGACCGCAGAGCUGCCAGACGCGCUUCCGCCGCAGCUCUGGAAGGCGCUCUUCCAGGAGGCGCUCGCCCAAUCGGCCAACCCGAUGGGCACGUUCCUCGUCACGAACUUCCCCACACCCUGCUCGGUAAGGUCGAGCCCAACUAUACGGGAUCAGUUCUGCAUGCUCGAGUCCAUCUCUGUGCUCCGCGGCAUCAUGCAGGUGACGCUGUCCCAGGCGGCCUUCUCCCAGUGCUGCUCCGAGAGCCAGGGCGCAAUCGCCGAGUACCUGGCCUACGACCAGGCCGUGAAGGAACAGACUGUCGUCCAGUUCGCGGACGGCCAGAUGUGCGAGGCCCGCGUCGAAGACGCGGCAGACGCUAAGGCUGCGGCCGGUAAGGUGGCCGUCAAGCUCCUGGCGUACCUGAAGGAGGCCUGA